GUGUGAAUGUGAGUCCUGUCGAGCCAAUGAGCUGGGACCGGAUACGAUAUAUCCUCUGGGACAACAACUGCUCUGUUCCUCCUCACAUCCACAUGACGCCAUUUACUAAACCCGACCUCCUCCGGAAAAAAGAAAAAAAAGAAGAGGAGAAAGACUCGAAAGCACCUCAGAUCUCAAAGCAGCCAAACAUUGAACAACCACAGCAACGUUGCUUCAGACACCCCCACAUCACAAACCACUAAGACAAGUAUUAUACAUUGUUGAAACUUGCAAGUCACCAGUAACAUUCUGCGGAGCUGAACGUAUUGAAUUACAUUGAAGUGUCGUUGCAAACAGUUGGAUUUUUUUUUUGUUUUACUUUCUUGCAGAGAGUAUAUGCGGAUUUGUUAGCUGUUGCUUACGCCCUCGUGUUCACGAGGAAAGGGAUAUUUUUUUCUUGCAAGCCAGAAGUGGACCGUGCUAGCUGUAACUUAAUUGGAUCGAUUGCGACUGUCUUGAAUUUUUCGAUGGGUUUACAACCAGACUGAGGCUGUUUUGGAAACUCUACCUGACUUGGAUCUACAGUAUUUGCAAAUUCAAGAGGAGAGGGGUGCAGCGCCGUGAUCACUGAUUUCAGAUGUGUUCUAAGCCUGCUGGAGUGAUAACUCUUCAGAGUACAGAUGGAGACAAGAACUCAAAAUGGCAGUGGUUCUCCCACCUUACUGCAUUUUCUGCGUGACACUGGGAGGCAGCAUACAGGAGAACCAGACCCAAGGGAUGUCUUGACUCAUCAGGUCCAGGUGUUGUCGCUUGACCAGAUCAGGAUUAUAAGAAGUACCAAUGAGUACACAGAAGGACCUACGGUGGCUCCCAGACCUGGGAGUAAACCUGUCACUUGCCAACCUUCCCAGCAAAAAACAGAAAGGGUGCACGGCUUAAGUGAGCAGGAGCAUCAGAGGUUCAACCAGAGGGGACAACACCACCAUCACACACAUUCUUCUCGGGACCCUUUGACCCGUUCUACAAGUAUAAUGAGCACUGGUUCAAGGAGUAGUACAAGGACAAGUACAAGUAGUACUUCUUCUGAGCAUAGGCUUUUAGGGGCUCCUCCUCCCUCCCCCCCAGGGCCAGUAAUGGACCAGAUAAUCAGUCUGCAGCCCAAGCCUUCGGAACUUAAGUCAGAGCUGAAGCCCUUAAGUGUGGAGAAAUGCAGCAAGCACAUGUACCGCUGCGAGGACUGUGGGAAAUGCAAGUGUGAGGAGUGCACAUCUCCAAGGACUCUUCCCUCAUGCUGGGUCUGUGACAAGCGCUGCCUUUGCUCUGCACAGAACAUGGUGGACUACGGUACUUGUGUCUGCUGUGUUAAGGGCCUCUUUUACCACUGCUCCACUGAUGAUGAGGAUAACUGUGCAGACAACCCUUGCUCAUGUCGUCGGUCUAACUGUUUUGCUCGGUGGUCUGCCAUGGGUUUUAUGACCCUCUUUUUGCCCUGCCUGUUGUGUUAUCUUCCUGGUAAGGGUUGCCUUAAAUUGUGCCAGGGCUGUUACGAUCGUGUCAAGCGUCCUGGAUGCAGGUGCAAAAACACCAAUACAGUCUGUUGCAAAGUUCCAAAUGUCCCGCCUCGGAACUUCGAGAAACCAACAUAGGCAGCACAUCUCUAGUAAGGACUUGCAUCAUCCACAACAAACUUAUAACAAAGUUGUAGUUCUGGCACUGUAGUACCAGGGAUUGGGGGAUUUACUUCACUGUUUGAAGUGACACGCUUCGUGUUUUUUUUGUUUGUUUGUUUGCUUGUCUUUUAAGCUGUCAUCUUAACUAGGAAUUCUUGUGGGGGGUGGGGGAGCCUACUUUUUUUUUUUUUUUUUUGAAAGCUCAAGUCCAGAAAUGUAAUUCUUCACUUGUAAUAUAACUGAUAAGCUAAAGCUGUAAACACUCCUGAUCAGUUGUGUAUUGUUGUGAAUAUACUUGCAAAAUAUGUAAAUUAGCAAAUUACUUUUGUUUUCUGCCAGAGAUAAUGUGUUCUAUUUUUGUAUAUAUAUUUCAACUGUGAAAACAAUGGUGCCAUAGCAAUGUCAUCCUGAUAAAAUAUUAUACUAAUAUGUUGUACAUUCGGUUGAAUGUGAAUCAAUCAGUAUGUUUUAGAUUAGGUGAUAUUUUGCCUUAAACAAAAGCCCACAAAUACAUGAAUCUCCCCUCAGCUACAUAUAUAUUGUACAGUGACCAUAAGAAACAGCCUUUAUUUUCUAAUUUUUCAACAUUUAGUGUAAAGAAUAUUUAUUUGAAGUUUUAUUAUUUUAUAAAAAAAAUAUAUAUUUAUUUUAAGAGGCAUCUUCAAAAUAUCACCCUUUUUUAAAUGGGGGGAAAGAACUUGUUUCUGCAGAUAAGGGUGAUGCAAAUCAGAUGCGUAUGUUCACUAUAAAAUAGAAAAUAUAUUAACGUUUGAAAUUAAACAAUGGAGUUUUGUGUUUUUUUUUUUCUGUGGUUGAUACAACUUGUUCAGUAAAUGGUUUUAGUUUUGAUGCUAUCUAUCUAUCUAUCUAUCUCUAUCUAUCUAUCUAUCUAUCUAUCUAUCUAUGUCGGCAUCAAAACUAAAACGAUGUCUGUAUUUAAAGGAUCAUAUCAUAUUAUACCUCCAUUUUUUGACUUGGUAAAGUUAGACCAUUCUCAGAUUUGAUACAUCCUCACAAUAAACCCUGACCCUUGUCUGGGUUAUCUCUUGAUUUCAAUUGUUUUGUGUUCAAUUGUUGGACAGUCAAUACUAAACAAAGACAAUUGAUCCAAAUGUAUUUCAUUAUCCACCAAAACCAGCCAAUCAAUACUUUCCACUGAAGAAAGCUACCAAUCCUGUACCCGCAACAGCCAAGUCUGCCAAUCGGAGCCUUUCAGCUUGACCUGAGCUCAGACCGCAUCUUUCAACAACAACAACAAACUAAGACACAGUUAAUUGUUUACUAGUAGCGAUAGCGUCCUCUCGUUUAACAGCUGUACCGUGUGGUCGUUGUCCGCAGCUUUUGGUAGCGCUUUCGGCUCAGGACGCAUAACUCCAGUCAUGGUCAACUACCACGGUAGAGCCUUCUUCGAUGGGCACAGACCGUAAAUGUGUAUUUAGCAUAAUGGAAAAAAUUAAAACCUUAGCUAUGAAGAAGCAUCUGAAGAAGAGUACAACAAAGUCAAUGGUCUGUUAGAAUGUAGGUUCACAUGUACAAGGAUACUGCGUGAAAUUAAUUGGUAAAAUCUUACUAGUGUACUGGAAUUAGCAGGGUUCCAUUACUCCUUGUGAUUUUUUUUU